AUGGUGAGAGCUCCUUGUUGUGCCAAAAUAGGGUUAAGAAAAGGCCCUUGGACUCCUGAUGAAGAUGAACUUCUCAUUAAUCAUAUCGACAAACAUGGCUAUAGCAAUUGGCCUGCGGUUCCCAAACAAGCCGGUCUUCUAAGGUGUGGAAAGAGUUGCAGACUAAGAUGGAGAAACUAUUUGCGACCGGAUGUUAAACGAGGAAAUCUUAGCCAGGAAGAAAUAGAAACCAUCAUCAGACUCCAAAAGACCUUGGGAAAUCGAUGGUCGGCCAUUGCAUCACAUUUGCCCGGAAGGACAGAUAACGAAAUAAAAAACAUGUGGAACACUCACAUCAAGAAAAAAGUUGUAAUGCAGACAGAAAACAAUACUAAUAAUGAUCAGGAGCCAGUAGCUAAGGAUGUGGUCCAAUCCAACUGUUUAAGUUCAUCAACCCUAACCUUAAAUAAUAUCGAUGAUGACGAGGUAUGGUCAAAUAUGCUUUCGAAUUUUUUUGGUCAGAUGUCGCCUCAACGUUUACCGUUUGCUGGCAUUUCACCACCGAGGUCAAACGUCGGCGCCGGAAACACAUAUCCCGGUGACUCUGUUGGGUUCUCUGCAUUGAAUGAUCAGUUCUGGUUGGGCGGGAGCCAAACUAACCAGCUUGUUUCCAUCCCCGAAGCAAUUCCUUUCCCGCAGCCUCUUGAAGAUAAAUCCACCGACGCAGCCACCGCCGCAGACACCGCAGCCAGCACCAGUAUCUUCGGUGAUAUCAACGGUUGGUUGGAUUUUUCGGCAAGAGAUGAUGACUUGUCUGCAUUGUUCUAG